AUGAGAAAUACAAACGAGCUCGAGCUUCUCCAGGUAACAGGCAUAACAGUGCUGUCUCUGGUGGUUUAUUCGUCAGGAUACAAGAAGAGCAUACUCAAUGACUUCCUGUUUUGCAUAGUGCCUCAGUAUUGUGCCAUAGUGUUCCCGGACAGAAUCUGGGGUCUGUAUCUCUGCUUGGCCAUGCUGCUCAACUACUCAGGGCUUCGGAAGCCGGAGGGUAACAAGAGCACAGAAGUUGUAGGAUAUCUGAGAUUCGCGAUAUCCGUCAUAACUGUGAUUGCGAUAUAUGCUGUAGACUUCUCUGUGUUUGAAAAGAGGCUUGGAAAAUCACAUUUCUUUGGCAUCUCGAUGAUGGACAUAGGCGUGGGGAGUUUCAUCUACAACAGUGGGAUUGUGGGAUAUAAGGCCAGGUCCAAAAGACACAUAAGAUCCUACCUCAUCCUCGUUCUUCUGGGAUUUGUAAGGUGCUUUACAGUCAGAUGGUUUAAUAUCAGCGUAAAUCCAAGGGAGUAUGGAAUAUACAUAAACUUCUACUUCCUGCUUGCACUGGUGAACUUCAUAUACUCUCUGAUAAGGUCCAGAUACAACUUCCUUCUUGGCCUUCUGGUGGUGACGGUCUAUGAAAUCAUCCUCAAGUUUUCCGGACUGACAUCCUUUAUCUUUUCGGAUAAAAGGGAGACGUUCCUGGAAAAGAACAAGGAGGGCCUUGUUGCAACUGUCCCCUACAUAUCGAUACUUCUAAUGACGACAGAGGUCGGAAGAAUCUGCUUUUCCGAGGACAAGACAAGGAAGAAGGCAUGGAAAGUGCUUGGAAUGACUGCUUUAUUUGGUUGUCUCUACACGGUGUUCAACUUCUCAAGCGAGGGAUCCAGGAGGCUAGGAAACGGAGCAUUUGUAUUCUGGAUACUCGCCCUUCAUAGCUUCCACAUAGGCAUGUAUCUGCUUUUUGAGAGUACCAUUGCCCUGUACAACCCGCUGACAGCCGUGUUCUGUAGCUCUAACAUGAUGUUCGUUUUCUUGUUCUCAAACCUCAUUGUUCUGUUUGGAAAUGUAUUCUUUGACCUCAAGAGCUUCUCGACGCCGGUUGCACAUCUGAACCUGCUUUCCUACCUGGUGGCGGUGUUUUCGAUUCCAACUCUACUCACAAGCAGGUUUGAUCUGCGGUGGAUGGGGCUGGGGUACAGAUCUCGAUGA